AAGAAAAUAAAAACAAAGUGUUUCAAUUUCAAUGGAAAGAACAUUCAUUCCUGAUUGUGUUACAACAAAGUUCAUGUCCUUAUUUUUGGUUUGAAACAACUAUUCUGUGGGUGUAAUUGUAAAUGUGUUUGCUAAAUAUCCUUAUACAAUGUAAUGGUAGCCUAGGUGUUACGAAAGACAAACUUUUCCUUUGCGAACGACUAGUAACGGAUUACCUGCGGAAUCUAUCCCUGAGUUAACUCAUUUCUUUUUGAAGAUUGAUUACAUCACCUUAAAGUAGCCUUGGCUACAUCCUGUCUUCAUUCUUCAUUGAUGAUAGAGGCCUAGCCUAAUCGUCGGGCUGACCUGUUACCUCAGUCAAGGCUUACACUUUCAAAACAUAGUCGUUGAUCACGGAUAUACAUCACGGAAUCAACCAAGUUGUUGAGAGAGCCUUGUCGGUUGUGUUCAGCGUGAAGCCUCAUGGGAUCAUGAUAAGUCUGGGUUCCAUCCUCUGUGCGAUGUUGUGUGGUCCGGUCUGAUGGGGGCAGGAGCGUCAGUCAAUGGUCAGAGAAGUCAAGAUCAGAAUCAAGGGAACAGACGGAAGAACCGCUCGGUAUCAUCCCCUCUCCAUAGCAACAACAACAGCAGUGGUGGUGAGUCUUCGGCUCAGAACUCCUCUGCUGACACUGUAUCGGAACCGUCAACCAUGAAGAUGUCUUGUGAGAUCUGCUCGGUCACCUUUACGUUUUUCAAGAGAAAGAAAUCAUGUCAGGAGUGCCACCGGUACUUCUGCUCCAACUGCCUGCCCAAGCCACCGUCCAGCUCCCCGGUCGGCAGGCAGUGCGACAAAUGUCGGACUCUGAUGUCUGGCCACUUCACCCGGGACGACCUUCAGGGCUGGAAGAUCAAGGACAUGCGCUGCUUUCUCAAUGUUCGCAACAUCUCCACGAAGGACUGCCGGGAAAAGCACGACUUGAUUGAGCUGAUCCUGGCCCACUUCUGUACCAAGCCGAGGCAGUCGAUAAACGAUCAGGCCAAACAUGAAGAUCUCGUGAGGCAGAUGGCUGCUCAUGUGAGGGACGUCAAUUCCGUGAACAGUUCUUCACUUCCGGGCGAGAACAGCAGCACUCAGCCAACCCACACUGAGCGACCGUCUGCCACUGCCACACAAACAAACAACGUGCCAUCAUCAUCCUCCUCCUCCUCCACCUCUGCACGCGCUCAGCCAUCAUCAACAUCAUCCACACCGCCAUCAUCAACAGCAGUGCCUGGCCCCUCCUCCUCCUCCUCCCACUCCUCCUCGACAGAAGCUGCUGGCAGCCGAGUCACGAGGAAUUCACGGGGUGAUGCAGCAGAGCCCCCCGGGGGAGAGGAGGGGGGUAGCGGGGGGCGGGCGGAGGAGGUGGUGCUAGACCGGGACCAGCUGAGGGAGCUGCUGGAGGAUAAGGAUAGAAUUCAGAACUUGCUGGCCAGCCACACGGAGGAGGAAGGGGAGGCGGAAACUGAAGAGGCAGCUGGCCAGCCCGUGCGACGAGCUCACCUAGACGACCUUGGCACGGAGGACGACAUUGAAGGUCUGAGCGUGCGGCAGCUGAAGGAACUGCUAGUCAACAACUUUGUCGACUUCCGAGGCUGCUGCGAGAAGGCAGAGUUGGUGGAGAGGGUUCGGCGCUUGUGGGUGGACUACCUCAAGAACAAAAAGAAAGCUGAAAGGAUACAAAUGGAGGAUGAACUUGAAUUUUACGAAAUGACCGAGAAAAAACCAGGGGAACAACAACCAUCAAAAUCAUCAGAACCACCAAACAAAGGUAGCUCACCUUCAAAAACGGCAGCACCAUCAGUGUCCGAUGAGGCAGCAUCAUCUUCGGCCGUGACUGAGGACAACACCACUUCAGGUUCGAACCCAGGCCCGUCUGGUGAAACCACAGAAGAACCGGAUAGUGCGUCUACCGGCGCGACUCAUGUUACCGAUACAAAACCUCCUGUUGCAACGACGGAAACCUCUGCCGGCGACGCUACUCUCAGUCGCACAGAUGAUCUUUGUCACAUUUGCAUGGACUCCCUGGUGGACUGUAUUCUGCUAGAGUGCGGCCACAUGGUCACGUGCACUCAGUGCGGAAAGCGUCUCGCCGAUUGCCCGAUUUGCCGACAGUAUGUCGUCAGAGUGGUCAGAGUUUUCCGUUCGUGACCUCUCCGCAACAUUUAGGCAUUCCUGACGUGAGAGGCCCACACAUUACCACCAUACUGGUUUGUUUUUCCAGUAAAAGUAGCGUAUAGCCCCCCCUUUCAACCCAUAUUUCUAGAACUACUUGACCUUGUUGGCAACCUGUGGGUUCGCCAUGGAGGUCAUGGGUUACAGCUAUAUCUUAUAGGAACAGAAAAUGACAGGUGUGUUCAUCAUGAUAUGCAAAGAUAUUCUGGUUGUGGGGG